AUGGAUAAAUCACAAACGCCCCAAGUUCGGGUCCCUGGCGAAACCCCCGAAUCAACCCAACCCGAACCCAAUGCGACUGCGAACCACAAUUCCACCGAGGUAGAGAUGGGGGAAACACAGGACACAAGCCAACCUGAACCCGAACAUGUGCAAGAAGAUUCGACACUUUCAGAUGUGCAGGCAGUGCCAGAACUACCUGCUCCGGCAAAAAAGAACGCGGACUUCAACUUCCUUGAGUGA